GAGUGAGACGCAGUUUUCCGAUCACGAUGGGCCUUUUAACGAGGUGCCCGUGAAGGCAGCAUGAGAGUCCCGCCGUGACGUCACAGCGAGCCGUUGAGUCAGAGGGAGGAACUGAACAGCAGAAAGUGAACCAGGAAACAAGCGGAGCAGAGCAGCUGCUGAACCCGCUCACACGGCCCACACAGCGGCUUCUAACGGCAGGAACCGCCCGCUAGAACAGACCAGGACCUCUGUUUUAUAUUUUAUAUCUAGGUUGAUACCAAAAGCAGCGACAUGGCCUUUUUAAAGAAGAAGACAGUCGAUGACAUCAUCAAAGAACAGUCGAAGGAGCUGCGAGGCACCCAGAGACAGAUCACCAGAGACAGAACAGCGCUGGAGAGACAGGAGAAACAAAUGGAAGCUGAGAUCAAGAAGAUGGCUAAGAGUGGGAACAGGGAGGCCUGUAAGAUUCUGGCCAAGCAGCUGGUGCAGCUUAGGAAGCAGAAGACCAGAACCUACGCCGUCAGUUCAAAGGUCACCUCCAUGUCCACGCAGACCAAACUCAUGAACUCUCAGAUGAAGAUGGCCGGUGCCAUGUCCGCCACGGCAAAGACGAUGCAAGCAGUGAAUAAGAAGAUGGAUCCUCAGAAGACCCUGAAGAACAUGCAGGACUUCCAGAAGGAGAACAUGAAGAUGGGCAUGACUGAGGACAUGAUCAACGACACUCUGGACGAGAUCUUUGAUGAAUCAGGAGACGAAGAAGAAUCUCAGGACAUCGUCAACCAGGUUCUGGAUGAGAUCGGCAUCGAGAUCUCAGGAAAGAUGGUGACGGCUCCAGCUGCAGGAAGGAGCCUCCCCGGCGCCGCCUCCUCCUCCAAACAGGCCACCAUCUCCGACGAGGAGAUCGAGAGGCAGCUCCGAGCGCUGGGAGUCGACUAGCGUCUGUUAAUGUUCACUAACAUGUGAUCAUUAACUCUGAGUCACACUGACUGUUGGCACACAUUAGGUUCUGUCAUUGUUGGAAAAAAAAGGUGUAACAAAGGGUGAACACCAACACACACACACACACACACACGGAGACAUUUAUUAAAGGCAGAAUAUUAAUAUUCUCACACAUUCUACAGCAGGUCGCCUCAAAGAUCGUUAGGGCAGAAAAUCUAAAAUACACUGUAAAAAAUAACAGAUCAAACAGUAAAUCUGAGGGAAAUGAUCUUGAAUCUUAAAUUCAGAUUAUUAAAUCUAGAAAUAAGCAUGUCGAACACUUAAAAUAUGAAAUUAACUCUUAAAACAAGAUAAGUUAUCUAACACUUCUAAAUCUAAAGUUUUUGUUUCUUACAAAGAUUUAAAAAAAACUUG